UUGGUUGUAUAACCUUUUUACAAGCUUCAUUGAUCAAGCUUUGCGAGAUUCUUUACAGAACCAGAUCUGCCCUCUGGUGCAUGACGCCAUAUCUGAUAUAAACCCCCAACUGAAAACUCUGAAUGUGCUAGCUACAGUGGAUAAGUAUGCUGAAAUUGAGUACUCCAUGGUUACUCCUCCCUCCAUUUCAAACUUCCUCAUUGAGUUAAGCUUAAAGGGUGAGUUCUACAACAUUGGCCAACACCAGGAGCCUCCCUUCUCUGUGCCGCCUUUCUCCCUGCCCCCCCAGACGAGCAGCAUGCUGUACAUCGGCCUGUCCUCCUUCAUGGCCAAUUCAGCAGGCUUUGUCUACAACAGAGCCGGAGCUCUCAGCCUGUACAUCACCGACGACAUGGUCCCCUCAAGCUCUCCAAUACGGUUGAACACCAAAACAUUUGGAGCGUUCAUUCCAGAGAUCUCCAAACGCUUUCCUGACAUGAUGAUGAAGCUCCUGCUGAAGACAUCCACACAGCCCAACGUGACCUUUGAGCCCAAUAACGUGACUCUGCAGGCCACGGGAACUCUCACGGCCUACGCCAUCCUGCCCAACACCACGCUGGAGCCUCUCUUCAUCCUCAACAUGGAUGCCAGUGUCAGUGGCAAUUUCUAUAUAAGUGGACUGAAACUGGCUGGAUCUCUACAACUGAACGGAUUUGACAUGGUACUGGGCACUUCAUAUGUGGGAGAGUUUCAGGUGAGUUUCAUUACUAUUUCUGAAACACUAUUCUCACUAUUAAAACACAUUCAUUACUGUCAGGGUUUUCCUCUUCCAGCCAUUGGUAGAAUGAACCUCAUCAACAGCAAGCUGCAAGUCCAGAAGGACUACAUGCUGAUUGGAACAGACGUUCAUUUCACACAGUGAUGUCCUCACGCCCCAUGACUGGAGAUGUGUAUCUUUGCUGAUUUCCUAACGGCUGACAACAGAAAGACAAUUAUAUAGCAAUGUAUAAAUGUUGUUAAGUUUUCUCCAUUUGUCGUUUGUAAGAGAGUAUUGCAAGAGGAGAAUUUGAAAGUUUUUUUUUUUUACUUUAUUCCAAUGAUUUCUUAUUAAUCUUGAAUAUUGCAGUUCUCAUGUGUCUUGUUUUUCCUCCAUACUGCAUAUAAAUGCAUUUAUAUAUUUUCAAAAGAUAGGUAAAUAACAUUUAGUACUUCCUUAUGCCUGGCUGCAAUAAAU